AUGCAAAAUUUAAAUCAAAAUACCUCUUUAACAUCUGGAACAAAUAGUAGUAUACCCAGUCUUUCAACUAAUGCUUUUCCUUCGUUAACUUCAAAUGGAGGUCUUGGGAAUUCUACUAAUCUUUUUUCUACUUCAAUAAGUAGUGGAUUAGGUACAACGACAGGACUUGGUAAUACUAAUAGUCUUUUCUCAAAUUCACUUAAUACUGGGUUUGGAACAAACACAACUACAGGACUUGGAACUACUAAUAGCCUUUUUUCAAAUACAUUUAAUACUGGACUUGGAAAUUCAACAACAGGAAAUAAUAACCCAAUACUGUUAAACCCUCUUUCUAUUUCAUCUUUACCAAUUGGAACUAAUGCUUCAAAAGAUAAACAAAGUAAAGAAAAGUCAUGGGUAUACCAUGACCAAACAUCAAUGAAUCAACCUGACUUUGUAAGACCAGAAGAAAUGAUGUUUAAUACUUCAUGUUGUAUAAUUGAUCCAAAAGUUAUUGACAAAAUAUUAUUUGAUGCUGAAAGAGAAAUUGAAGCAUUACAACCAAAUAUUUCAUAUGACAUUAAACCAAUAGGAUUAAAACAAGGAUAUGUAUGUAAUCCUUCAAUGCAAACAUUAAAAGCUAUGUCAAUCGAACAACUUAAAAAUGUUUCUUCAUUUGAAGUUUCACGACCAGGUUAUGGUAAGGUUAUGUGGUCAAACGUUGAUUUAACAAAUGUUAAUUUAGAUAUAUCUAUUAUUAUAGAACGAGGAUAUUGUGAUGUUUAUCCAGAUGGAAUUCAAAAACCUCGAUUUGGAGAGAAAUUAAAUAAAGAAGCUACUAUUGUUUUAGAGAAUGUUGUUGAUACAUUAGAAGAAUUUAGAAAACUUCUUCCUCGUUUAAGUAAGAAAGUAGAUAUUAAAAGUUAUGAAGAAAAUACUAAAACUGUUACAUUUGUUGUUCCUCAUUUUACACGAUAUUCUGUUAUUGAUGAAGAUAAUAACACACAAGAGAAUGAAGAAGAAGUUAUUGAUUAUGAAAAACAUCAGACCAUAUCAAACAAUAAUCCUGAAUGGAAAUUUCCUGUAGUUGUUCUUCAUAAGAUUGAAUUCAGUCCAUUUGAGAUUGAUAUAUAA